AUGCCUAAAGAGUCAGCGAGUAAGACGAACAAGGGCAAGGUUCGCAACCUCCGCAACGUCCCGCCACCGCCUCCGCUCCCUACUAAGCGUGCCCGACCGCUGCGCGGCAAUCACGCUCUACCAGUUGUCCCCCUGCACACGACCCCUCCAGCACCAAAACACCCAAACCCCGAUCCCGGGGCCGGGCCCAGCAAGAAAAAAACGAAGGGAGUACAGGAUGCCGCCCCGGCUGAUAGCCAUGACCUUUAUCAACAGUUGCCCGAGCAACUCAGAUCAAGCCAGCGCACGUCUCACCGUGUCCAAAACGUCUCCUCACCGGAUGCAUCGUCUCCUCUAUCUGAUCCUUCCUCAUUGUCCGAUCCCUUCUACUCUUCGACUGCCUCUACUCGUAACAACUCCUCGUCCCACCCAUCGUCCUCAUACAUGUCGACACUCUCCUCUCCAGCCUUGAUCGCCGCCACUAUUGAACGUAUCAGGGCUGCUAAUCAAGGACGUACCAUUCAGAACAACAAUCCUCAGUCCCCCGAUGACACUUCUGGCAAGAAGGCACAGACACGACACACGCUCCUGGAGCCCGCCGCAGAAGACGAGACAAGCGAGGAAGAAGAAGUGGAAGAAGGCUGUGAUGAUCUCAUCAAGGAAGACACUGAGGAAGACAGGAAGAACACCGUCGACGACACCGAGGAGGUGUCACCCACGGACGCCCGGCGGUUCAUCAAGGCCAUCCGCAAGAGCAAGAAAAGCAAGUUUCAUGUAACUGAUGCAGAUCCGAAACAACUCACCGAACACUUCAAGACCUGGGGACACCAUUGCAACCGCCUGUGUGGCCUCUAUACUGACAUUCACAAGAUGAUCAUCGUCGGGAUGACCGUCUUGCGGGCGGAUCCCCGCAUUGAGGAGGAAUACAAAUCAUGCUACAAGGCCAUCCCAAACAUGAGUGCCGCCAUGGCUAAACUAUAUACUAACAACUUUUUUCAUCUCUGUGACGAGGUUCCCAAGUUCAUGACGCUCUGCAAACAAAUCAUCUCCUCCCCCGAGGACGUUUUUAUUUUUGCUAAAUAUAUGCAAGUUCAUGCCGCCGCCGGCUGCACGACUGACAUCUCGACACUCAAGACCAGUCUGCACUCUUAUUUUCCUUACGUCGUCGUAUCUCAGACUCGCAUCAUCCCUCCGCCGGGACCCGGGGUGCUCGCAGGUCACAAGAACCGCAAUGGCGGUUAUUGCACUACUGGGACAGGCAGGCUUAUUGUGCCUAUUGAUGAGCGCUCAGCAUUUGAUCAAGAUCCCACUGAGUAUUACAUCGUUGUACCUGCGUUCAUGCUGAUGUCAAUCCCUCCUUACAGGUACUGCAAGAAAAAAAUUGGGCAGAUUAAGCAAGUUGCGAACCGCACUGUACGGCAUAAGAAGCGCCACCAAGCAGAUCGACCCGAGCAUCGUGACGACAACAAGUCGUACCCUAAUUACCUGUUCCCGACCGACCUCAAGUACGACCCUGCCUGUUCCCAACACCACAUCUUCAAGAGUGAUUUCCUUGUCGCGGGGCCAUCAGCAGUAGGGCGCCAGAAUGGUUCACGCGGCCUCGGUCGUAAGACCAUAAUCGACAUCUAUAGUAUCACUAAAGUGACCCCCGACUAUUUAACAUACGUCACAAGCUUGAUAUGUUACCUUCUGAGCAAUGAAGACCGGUGGAAUGGGGGUGACGCACAUUGGACUGGGCACCGCUUUCACACCGCCCUCCAUAGCCAUCUCACUGUCGAGUUCCAGGCAUGGGAGGAAGAUGUCGACAAUGACGACUUUGAGCAAUCGGACGAACCUCUGGAUUGGAACAUGUUUGCAUACUUCAAUGACAAGGUCUUCGGGAGCGAGGCUGGUGCCCCGGAUCAGCAGAACCCGGACAAAUCCAUCGAAGACCUUGGCGACGACCAAGACGAUAUCCGCACGCAAGCCUUGAAAGCUCGCAUGGCUGAGCUUGACGCACGUUGCCAGCGGCGCAGGCUGGGUAUCCGCGAUGCUUCCCCACAGCGCACAGAGCAACACCAGCCUCGGUCGCAAUCGCCCGAAGUCGUUGAAACAACUUCGGAGGUCGUGGACGUCACUGAAUAUCUUAAAGACUCGGAGCCCCCUUCCGACGACGCCGGUGGUUGGUCGUUGCUAUGCUGA